AUGAUUAUGGAGAAUCGACCUGAAUUGGCCAGUGAAUCUGGCGACGAAAUAUGUACUCCACUAAGGCAUGCUGUAGUUUUUGGCAAGAUUGACAUGCUAAAAGUAAUGCUGGAACAUGAUUCAACUCUAGGGUAUGAAAUAAACAGCAACGGUGAACCUCUCCUCACUGCUGCGGCAUAUCGAGGUCAAGUUGCUGCUGCUGGGGAGCUUCUGAAACACUGUCCUGAUGCUUGUACUUAUAACAAAGCAGAUGGUCAGACAUUGCUUCAUGUAGCUGUACGGUAUGAUCAUGCAGAGUUCGUUGAAUUUGUUAUGGAGACAGUACUACUUCACAAACUUGUUAACGUGCAAGACAACGAAGGUCAAACCGCUCUACAUUAUGCAGUCAUGAAGUGCAAUCCAAGAAUGGUUGUUACUUUACUGUCUCACGAGGACAUAGAUGUGACGGUGCUUAACAAAAAGGGUAAUUCAGCAGCUUGGGAACUGUCGGGCUUCAAACAAAAUGCCAAGACUUUAAACUGGAAUGAGGUGGCGAUGCUUAUGUCAAAAGCUUAUCCACAACUGGCUCCUGCUCUUCAUAAUCUUCACGUGGAAGCCAAGCAACUGGCUACUGAUGAAUCAAGAAAGGCUGCAAAGUCAUUAACUAAAACAUACACCCGCAACACUUCACUAGUGGCGAUUCUCAUGACGACUAUCACCUUGGCAGCAGCUUUUGCUCUGCCAGGAGGAUACAACAGUUCUGGAACUAGAAAUGAGGGACUUCCCAUUAUGUUUUGGAAGGUUGCAUUUCAAGCAUUCUUGAUCUCUGACACCUUAGCAAUGUGCUCCUCAUUUGCCGUCGUCUUCAUAUGCAUCAUAGCAAGGUGGGAGGAUUAUGAGUUCUUGAUUUAUUACAGAUCCUUCACUAGGAAGCUCAUGUGGUUUGCAUACGUGGCAACAACUACAGCUUUUUCAACUGGUUUAUACACGGUGCUGGCUCCGCGCCUCCUCUGGCUCGCCAUUGCUAUUUGUGUUCUUGUAGCUUUGUUGCCCAUUAUUACUUGGCUGCUGGGCAAUUGGCCUAUCUUGAAGCUCAGAUUUCGGUUGGGUAAAAGUUUUAGGUCUGAUCUCCUUGAUAUGGUGUGA